UAUUUAUUAUCGUAGAGCGCAGUAGUGUCUGCGGAGCGUUUAGCGAUUUAGUAUUAGCGCUGGCGUUGUGUACCCGACGAACAACAGAAGCGUAUCCAAGCGUACACAAAAAUAAUAGCGAACCAACGAUUUGAUAUCAAAGUGUACGAACGAGUGCCGUGAAAGCAAAAUUCGCGUCUUAUUGUCUUUUAACUGUUUGUGAUUAUUACUACAAUACGAGCGACAAUCGUCAAAACGCCAUACGCCAUUGCCAUAUAUCAUAUAUUGUAUGUACGUCGAACGUUGAACGCGUAAUGCUGUUCAUAUAAACCAAAUUUGAAAAUUGGCAAUAUUAUAUAUACUCAAACACCAAAUAAAUGAAAGUGCAUACAAUUAUAUAAAUGUGAAACACAAUACAUUCAUGAAAAAUAAAUAAAAACAAGUUUUAAUAACAAAGAAAUUUUACAUACAUAUAUUCCAAAGUUGUGUAAACUAUAAUCAUUCGCGUUAUAAUAUAUACAAAUAUAUAAUCCUUCCUUUAAAAGCAUUUAAGAUAAACGAUCAGCAAAAAUAAGCAAAUUUAAAGACCGGAGGCUCGAGGCAACAAAAUAAUGUGCAAUGUCAAAAUUUGUUUUCGAUAGUAUGCUACCGAAGUAUCCACAGUUUCAGCCAUUUAUCAGUUCACAUUUAACUUCAACCUCACAAAAUUCGUCAUCAGCAGCUGUUGCCGCCGCUCUCGCCGCCGCCGCAGCUUCUUCAACGGCGUCCGUUAAUUCACUAGCCAACAGUUUUAACAACAACAAUAGCAUUAGCACCAACAAUCACAAUAACGGUAAUCACAUAUCUUCUGUCGCCGUCCACUCGUCGUCUUUAUCGCCCUCGACGUCCAGCGUCAACAUUGGCAGUAGUCAUUUAAACCAGUCGUCCAAUUCACCAGUGUCCUCGUCUUCACCAUCGUCAACUACUUUUGGAACGCUUUCAACUCAACAACAGCAGCUGCAACAAAACCAUCAACAUCACCAACAACAACAUCACAAUCAGUAUUCUUUGUCGGCCGCCUUACAUUUACAACAGCAGCAACAACAGUUACAUAUAAAUAAAUUAGCUGCCGCCGCUGCAGCAGUCAGUUCCCAAAGUGGUAACGGUCUGUGUCACACGCACAGCGUUCAACAGCAACAGCAGUUGUCCCAUCAGCAACUGUUGCUCACACCCCCAUCAGCAACUAAUUCUCAAACAGGAGAUAGUAGUUGCUCACCUUCGCCCUCAGCCACAUCAUCUUCACUGCAUCGCAGUAUCAGCGAUCACUCACCCACCGCUGCGUCCGCCGUCGCUGUUGCAUCCGCCGCAGCUGCCAGCACUGUAGCAGCAGCAGCAGCAGCCGCCGCCGCUGCCUCUUCAUUUGCAAUACCCACCAGUAAAAUGUAUCCAUACGUAUCAAAUCAUCCAUCAUCGCACGGCAUCUCUGGCAUGCCGGGCUUUUCUGGACUGGAGGACAAAUCAUGCAGAGGGUACACAGACAGCAUCAUGAAUAGUUACCAAUCAAUGAGUGCGCCCGCCUCUGCAUCUAGUUUUGCGCAAUUCUAUCAACAUGCCGCUGCUGCGUCUGCCGCUUCUGCAGGCGCUGUUGGUGUUGACUCGCUCGGAAACGCUUGCACACAGCCAUCAUCUGGUGUUUUGUCCACAGGCGGAGCUGGGCAGAGUAUUACAGAUUUGCCAAGGUAUCCAUGGAUGACUUUAACAGAUUGGAUGGGAAGCCCCUUUGAAAGAGUCGUCUGCGCAGACUUUAAUGGUCCUAAUGGUUGCCCACGUCGACGUGGUCGUCAAACAUAUACACGUUUCCAAACACUUGAGUUGGAGAAGGAAUUCCAUUUUAAUCACUACCUAACCCGCCGGCGGCGAAUUGAAAUCGCCCAUGCUCUUUGUCUUACUGAGCGUCAGAUAAAAAUUUGGUUUCAAAAUCGACGCAUGAAAUUGAAGAAGGAACUACGUGCCGUAAAAGAAAUCAACGAACAGGCCCGUCGCGACCGCGAAGAGCAAGAAAAAAUGAAAGCUCAAGAGUCCAUGAAAUCCGCCCAGCAAAACGUCAAUAAACAAGUACAGCAACAGCAACAACAGCAGCAACAGCAACAGCAUCAACAGCAGCAACAGGAUCAUCAUUCGAUCAUCGCACACAAUUCAGGACACUUGCACCACUCGGUGAUUGGUCAGAAUGAUCUUAAACUAGGUUUGGGAAUGGGUGUUGGUGUCGGUUCUGGUGUGGGCGUUAGUGGUGGCCUCGGCAGUAAUUUAGGCAUGAUGAGUGCGCUCGAAAAGAGCAAUCAUGAUUUGCUCAAAGCUGUAAGUAAAGUUACUUCGUAAAUUAAUAGAAACGCAGGCAUCUAUAGCGAAAACAGCUGCUGCGAAGGCAUACUCAGCUGAUUGAAAGUGUAGUGAUUAAAUACUUCCCUGAUGGACAUUGAUUUAAGCUUGAGAGAAAAGCAUUAACACAAAUAUUAAACGAAAGAUGAUAACUUAAAUACGUAAACAUUUUACUUAGUAAAUUAGUUGGAUAAGCCUGAAAACUAUAAAUUUAUAUACUACUAUACUUAAAUCUAAAGCAUCAGAUCAGAUAUUUAUAUGUAUCUGUAUAAAUAAUUAUAUAUAUACAAAUAUAUAGAACACACAAUACAUGCAUGCAUAUUAUAAGUAAGAUUUUGAAAUUUAUUUACAUCUAUACAUAAGGCUUGUUAAAAUAGCGAAGAAAUGUGAAGAAGAGAUAUGCGAGCAACAGAGCGCAGUUAGUCAAAAAUUUUAUAAAUUAAUUGGGGAGAGAUGACAGCAUUUUGAUUCACAUUGCGCGAAUCGUUCGAGUUUAUUUAAAGUUUUGUAAAUGAAAUUAAUAAUAAUAAUUAAAUCGAUGUUUUUGAAUAUUUUUGAUAACGACCUUCUUUAAAGAAAAGGGCCGUAGUGAUAAAUCUUUAUUACUUCAACAACUUCUUAAAAUCAAAUAAAAUAAAUAUGUUUGCAAUUAUAAAUUUGUAUGCGAUUUUUCAAUAUCAGACCAUAAACCAACAACUUAUUAGUCAUAUUCUCUCGACUCCCUAUGACGUUUAAUAUUCCAAUAAUUAAUAAUUAAUAUAUAUUUUUGCAAAAAUUUCUCUCCAAUGCCAUAAUUUAGUGAUAAUGAGUUGAUUAAGUAAUAAAAUAAUGCGUACGAAAUGUAAUUUAAUGCAAGCUCUUUGCUAUUAACAUCUCAUUAAUGAUAAAAACGACAUAUUUCGGUAAGUUAUAAUUAUGCGAUAUUUAAAAAAUAUAUUGUUGCCUGCUUUGGUUUGCAGCAUUGACAGAGCCAUGAUCACCAAAACGGAACAAACAAGAAAAUAGAAACUAGUAUACAUUUUAGCCAGUGACUAAAUAUAAAACUUAGAACUAUGCUUAAAAAUUUUACAAAACAACAACAAAACUUAAAGUAGCUGGUACAAUGUUUUAUAAACAUUUGUAGCAAAUAAAUAAUUUACUUCCUUCAGAACUAACAUGAUUACAUACAUAUAUACGGCAACAUAAAUUUGUGUAUUAUAUAUACAUGUAUACUUGCAACUUCACUUAAAUAAUUCGUUUGUUGGAGAUACAGCGGCAAAGUGUAUUAAUAUAAACUCAAGCCGACAUGCAAAUAACGAGGAAUGACUCAAUAUACGUAUUAGAUUUAAGCUCAUUAUAAAUGUAAUGUAUGCAUACAUAUUUAUUAUUUACUAAAGUAAUAACAUUAAAUAUGAGAAUAAAUAUAAACGCCCACUUAAAGCCAACGUAUUAAUCGUCUUAUCAAUAGUUGAAACUAAAAUUUGAAAAAAAGAUAAAUGACUAAAUGUAAUAUAUGUAACAUAAUUAAAUUGAUCAAGAACACACAAAUAUUUGAAACAGCGAACAACAGCAAAGCAUAUAUGACGAUGUAUUGCGUAAUGUGAAUUAAAUAAUAUAUGAACACACCUUCGUAUACACAGAAUACAUUACAAUAUACUGACAUUUGAAUUUCCACAGAAAUUUAACAACUAUUUAUGAACGGUAUAUGGUUACACAUGAUCACUUCACCCGAAUACUAUGUUACGGACUAACUCAACUUUCAAUAUUUUGUAACAAUUAAAACAAAGCUAUUGAUUAAGCUUCUAAUCGAUAGUUUAUUUAAACGUUUUAUCUUUUAUAAGACAAACUGGUUAUAGUACAUGGGCUAUUUACUUUUCUUCCAUUUUCACAUUGCUUUAACUAACUAUAAUUGAAAUAUGUUCAUUUGUUUAAUUAAAUAAAUUCUUGUGUUAACCUUUAAAUCUGUUUUCUGUUGAAUUUAGUAUUUUAAGGUAAUUUGAAAGUCUUAAUUAUAUGUAAACGAUAGGAUAUCACACAACUUAAUAAAUUUUAGUUUAUUUUGUUAACAUAUUAGUUAUACGAUUUGUAAAAAUUUUAUAGUUUUCUUAAUGAAACAGAAAUGCUUGAGAAAUUGAUUGUGUAAGCAGUAGGAUUGAUGUAUAAAAUUUGUGAAAAACCAGUAAGAAACUCUUUGAUUCAUUGAAAGAAAUGAGUGCAAGAGGAUAUACAAUUAAAAAUUAUACAUUUAAAAACAAUAACCUGAUUUUUAUUCUUUCUUUGUGUGUAUUUAUUCAGUUACUACAGCUUAAAUUUUUAAUUAUAAUGAAUAACAAAAAUUGUGUUUGUAAUAAUUAAUAUUAUUAAUAAGUACUACAAUUCGUAUUAUCUAUUGUAGAUAUAAACAAUCAAGCAUUAAAAACAAAGUUGAAAUUAUCAGUAUUUUUACUUGAGAACUUUCUUUUAAUGUUCACAAUGAUUUCAUUAAACAAAAAAUGAUUUCUCAUGCGCCAUUCAAUUAAUAAUUAGUUUUAGAUAGGAAAAUGUCAGUCGUGUCCACUAUUUCCCUAUUUGAUCCUCAACUGACGGCAAUCUACAAAAACACAAGAUAUGCAAAAUUUUUUAGGUUUUCUAAAAUGCCUGUUUUAUUUAACAUAUUUCUUGAAACUUUGCAUAUCAUUUUAAAAGAAGAGAAUAGCCAUCGAACAAUAAGUGCAUUAUAAAAAGGUAAGAGUUUGUUUCAAAAUUUUUCAAUUACGCAACUCAAUUCGUUGUCUGGCAGAUUUUUUAUCUAUAUCUUACCAAAAAAGAAUUCUUACUUGCUGCCCUAAAACGUUUUUGAAAUUUAUGACCUUUUGAAUAAAUUCAGUCUAUGAUAUAUAUUAGAAAUAUGAAGAUAAAAAACAGAUAUUAUAUGAAUCUACAAAAAUACUACAUUAAAUAUGUGAAUGUUUAACAUUUAUUAAAAUAAUUAUUUCUUUCUUAAAUCAAGAUCUAUUUUGGAACAAAAGUAUUUAUUUUCUCGAAAAAUGUAGUAUUCAAAAAAAAUCUGUAAUAAUUAAAACAAUAUCUGCAUAUCUUCAUCUAGCCCAUGAUGCAAAAAUUAUUAUUUUUGAUUUUUUUUUGAUUUUGGGAUAUAUGCUACAUUAUUUUCAAUUAUAAUAAUAACUAUAAUAAUAUUGAUAGCUCUAUUCAUAAUAUUAAUAGAAUUGUCAAUGAAGGCUAAGUUUAACAAAUUAUUUUCUUUACAACGUCAAAAAUAUGAAAUGAUUUAAGCAA